AUGUUGCCACAAUGGUAUUCUUCGUUGGUGAAGAAAGACUCGUUGUUGUUGUACAUGUCCUUAUUCACUGUGUCGAUAGUUACCGGAGGGAUAGGGCUAGUUCAGCUAUCGAAUAAGUUUAGGAUGGAGAUUAAACAUGCUUUGUUCACGCUCUUCUUCACUUGGUUGUUUUGUCCUCUCGGCAUUUUUGCAGCUUUACACGGUGAAGACAAGCAGGGAUUGACACAUUUUCUUUGUGUACUUUAUAUUUUGCUUUGCGUUGGGAUAGUUUCGUGUAAUCUCUACGAGAAUUUAGAUUCCCUUGUGCAUCCUAUUUAA